AUGGGGGAGACGGAUCGCGAGGAGCGGCACGUAGCGUGGCGGCGAUUGGUGGAGCAGGCGAUGGAGGGUGGCGAGCUGGACAUUGAGAAGUUUCUGGAGAAGAUGCGUCGACGAUUGGACAGCGUUGGCGCAUAUUUCCCCGGAGUGAAGGUGCGCUUUGAGGGGGUGAGCGCAUCCGCCAAGGUGCGAGUGGGGGCGAGGGGCCUGCCCACGCUGCCCAACCAGCUCUCGAACUCUGUCGGCGCCGUGCUGAGGGAGCUGCAGCUACUCAAGGACCAGCGCCGCCUCUUCUUUGCCCUUGAUGGCUGCUCUGGCAUUCUCAAGCCUGGCAGGAUGACGCUGCUGCUCGGGCCGCCAGGCAGUGGCAAGUCAACGCUGCUGAGGAUCCUGGCAGGGAAGGCGGAGAGGGAGCUGAGCGUGCAGGGCGAGGUCACGUACAACGGCCGCCGGGGGAGCCAGUUUGUGCUGCCGCGCUCCGUGGCGUUUGUGCCUCAGACCGACACCCACAUCGGCGAGAUGACUGUCCGGGAGACCCUCGAGUUCUCCGCUCGCCUGCAGGGACCGGGGCACAGGGCAGACCUGUUUCGGCAGGUGGAGGAGAAAGAGCAGGAGGCAGGGGUCCACCCUGAUGACGUCAUGCAAACCGUUAUGAAGGCGAUGGCAGAUGAGAGGCAGUGCUCUGAUGUUGUGGUGCAGUACGUUCUCAAGAUGCUCGGUUUGGAUGUGUGUGCUGAUACCAUGUUAGGGGACAGCAUGAGAAGAGGAGUAUCAGGAGGGCAAAAAAAGCGGGUUACCACUGCCGAAGCACUCCUGGGCGCAAAGCAAGUCCUCCUAUUGGACGAGAUCUCCACCGGUCUCGAUUCCGCCACCACUUACCAGAUCACCCGGUGCCUCCGCAACCUCACGCACUUAACUAAUACCACCACCCUCAUCUCCCUGCUGCAACCGGCACCGGAAACCUUUGAGCUGUUUGAUGACGUCAUGCUGAUGUCAGAGGGGCGGAUUGUGUACCAUGGGCCCAGGGAGGAGGUGCUGGGAUUCUUCCAGGAAAUGGGGUUUGCACCGCCCGCCCGCAAGGGAGUGGCUGAUUUUUUGCAGGAGCCCCACCCGUACCGUUACGUGUCCGUCCGAGCCUUCGAAGAGGCCUUCCGAGCCUCCAGGUUCGGCAAGCAGAUGGAAGCAGAGCUCUCCAUACCAUUCAAGAAGGAUCAGGGAGCAGUCAACGGCGAGAAGAAGGGAAAGGGAGAGAGAGAGGAUGGGAGUGCGGAUCUUGCUCUGGCACAGAGGCGGUUUGGGCUUCCUCCCCUUGCCAUUCUCACCGUUGUGGGGGAUCGCGAGUGGUUGCUGAUGAAGCGGAACCUGUUUCUCUACAUCGUGCAGACCAUGCAGAUCCUCCCCCUCGCUAUAGUCACAAUGUCAGUCUUCUGGCGCUCCCAGUUCUCCAUCACCCCAGUCGACAGCAACUACUACCUGGGCGCCAUAUUCUUCGGUAUAAGCACAAUGCUAUUCAGCGGCAUAAUCGAGCUCACGCUACUCACAGCCCGCCUGCCCAUCUACUUCCUCCAAAGGGACAGCCUGCUCUUCCCCGCGUGGGCCUGGUGUGUGCCCAUGGCGCUGCUCUCUCUGCCCGUCUCCCUCUGGUCCGCUGGAGUCUGGACCGCCAUCACCUACUAUGGCAUUGGAUUCGCCCCCGAGUUCUCCCGAUUCAUCGCCCAGCUACUGCUAUUCUUCAUCACCCACAUGUCUGCCUCUGCACUCUACCGAGCCAUGGGAGCCAUUUUCCGCAGCACCACGCUCAUCAACACGCUUGGCAACUUCAUCCUCGUCCUUCUCUUCCUGCUGUCAGGGUUCCUCAUCACCAAAGAUGAUAUCCACGACGUGUGGGUGUGGGUGUAUUGGAUCUCGCCCCUCACCUACUCCCAGAACGCCUUUGCCAUCAACGAGUUCCUCGCCCCCAGAUGGGAUGUGAGCCCAGCCAGUGAUCUCGCAGCAUCAACUCGACGCCCGGGAAGCAUCACUAGCCGGCACCAACCUGGACUUCGCCUCGCGCUACUCCUCCCUGCGAGUCUGGACGCUCUCCCGCACUGGUUCCACUGCCACUGCCCGCUUCCUCAGCUAGACUUUCUCCCUAACCCUUCUCCCGCUCUCUCCCCUCUUUCCUUUUUCUCUUCCCCCCCUUCCUCCCCCGCCCCCAUCCCCCCCUCUUCUCCUCCCCCCAGCGUGGCCCAGGGCCCAGCCAGUGAUCUCCCAGCAUCAACUCGACGCCCGAGAAGCAUCGUUAGCUGGCACCAAUCUGGACUUCGCCUCGCGCUACUCCUCCCUGCGCGCCCGCACGCUCUCCCGCACCGGCUCUACUGCCACGGCCCGCUUCCUUGCCAGCAACCGCUUUCGCUCCCCCAAGAGCCUGUCCCGCCAGCCUUCCCCUUUUGCCCGCUCGCAAGGAAUUUUUUCUUCGGGCAGGCCGGCGCUCCGGUCCCGAGUGGUGCUGGUGCUGGUGCUGCCUCUGGUGCUGCUGGGAAUGUGGGUGAGAGUACGGGAGUCAGUGCAGUCAGCAGCACAGGCGGAAGGGGUAAGAAGCAGCAGCAGAGGAAAGCAGUUUCGUACAUGAGUGAUGGUGGUGCGGUGAGUGCAGUUAGUAGCACAGGAGGAGAGGAGAAGCAGCGGCAGAGGAAAGCAGUUUCGUUUUUGAGCGAUGGGGACGCGAGUCACAGCGGUGGGGUGGUGAGUGCAGUUAGCAGCCCUGCAGGAGGAGAGAAGCAGCGGCAGAGGAAAGCGGUUUCGUUUAUGAGUGAUGGGGACGCGAGUGAUGGUGGGGUGGUGACUGCAGGUAGCAGCACAGGAGGAGGAGAGGCUGGAGGAGGGGAGAAGCAGCGGCAGAGAAAAGCAAUUUCAUACAUGAGCGAUGGUGGGGUGGUGAGUGCAGUUAGUAGCCCAGGAGGAGAGGUUGGAAGAGGAGAGGAGAAACAGAGGCAGAGGACAGCAGUUUCAUUCAUGAGCGAUGGGGAUGCGAGUGAAGGUGCAGCUUUUGAGCCGACUCAACGACAAAGGAAAGCCGUUUCAUACAUGAGUGACGGGGAUGCGAGUGACGGUGCAGGGGUCAUGACUGCGAGUGGUGCGGACAUAGGCCAGCACGGCAUGGUCCUUCCCUUUGAUCCUCUCACCCUCUCCUUCCACAACGUCAACUACUAUGUCGACAUGCCCGCCGAGCUAAAAGACAAGAAUGGGCCACCCGGCCAGCGGCUGCAGCUGCUGCGCAACGUGUCCGGCGUGUUUCGUCCCGGAGUGCUGACCGCCCUGAUGGGGGUGUCUGGGGCAGGGAAGACGACGCUAAUGGAUGUGCUGGCAGGGAGGAAGACUGGGGGGUACAUUGAAGGGGAUAUCCGGGUUUCCGGGUACCCGAAGGUGCAGGAGACGUUUCUGAGGGUGUCGGGGUACUGUGAGCAGGUGGACAUUCACACGCCCCAGGUGAACGUGCACGAGUCUCUGCUCUACUCCGCCUGGCUGCGCCUGCCCGAGGAGAUCGACAGGGAUGUCAUUCUGGAAUUCGUGGAGGAGGUAGAAGAAUUGGUGGAGUUGGAUGCAGUGAAGGGGGCACUGGUGGGGACGGCGGGGCAGGACGGGCUGUCGGUGGAGCAGAGGAAGCGACUGACCAUCGCAGUGGAGCUCGUAGCCAACCCCUCAAUCAUCUUCAUGGAUGAACCCACCUCAGGCCUGGAUGCGAGGGCAGCGGCCAUAGUGAUGAGGGCGGUGCGCAACACAGUCAACACGGGCCGCACAGUCGUGUGCACCAUCCACCAGCCUUCCAUCGAUAUCUUUGAGUCGGCCAUAGAGUCGCUCAUCCAGGAAUCCAGCGAACCGCCAGAAGGGGAGCCGGACCUCUUCUUCCCAACGCAGCACCCGACAACACCCCUCUCCCAGUUCGCGACGCACCUGUGGAAGCGGCACCUCAUGUACUGGCGCAUGCCCGACUACAACGGCACGCGCUUCUUCUUCUCCUUCAUCAUGGCUCUCCUCAUCGGCGGCGUCUUCUUCGGCUUCGGACACACCCGCGACACCCCCCAGCAGAUUGUGAAUGUCAUGGGAGCACUUUACACCGCAGCGCUUUUCCUCGGGUGGAGCAAUCUCGCGUCGAUCCAGCCAAUGAUGGCUGUGGAAAGGAGUAUUUUCUACCGGGAGCGGGGUGCCGGGAUGUACGGAGCAAUUCCGUACGCGCUCGCGCAAGGAGCGAUCGAGUUGCCAUACCUGGUGAUCCAGGCUGUGGUGUACUCGUUAAUAACAUACUCUAUGAUUCAGUUCGAGUGGACGCUCGUGAAGUUCCUGAUGUACCUGCUGUUCCAGUUCCUCACGCUGCUCUACUUCACGUGUUUCGGCAUGAUGACGAGUGCCAUCACACCCGCUGAAGGGCUGGGAACGCUGCUCUCUGCCUUCAUCUACUCCUUCUGGAACCUUCUCUGCGGCUUCCUGCUGCCGCAGCCGGUGCGUGCAGUGCUCGUUGCGCUCUGUUCUUUAGUGUUGGGGGAUGUAACGACGCUGGUGGAGAGUUCACCGGGCAUGCCAGCUCAGACGGUAUCGCAGUUCAUCCAGCUCUACUACGGCUUCUCCCACGCCUGGCUGGGCUACGCCACUGUUGCUCUGCUCGGCUUCUCCCUCCUCUUCUUCUGCGUGUUUACCAUUGCCCUCCGCAACCUCAACUUCCAGCGGCGAUAA